AUGGCUUUGGGCAUCGGGGUCCUGCUGGCCCUGGUGGGCUGCACGGCCACCGAGAGCUGUGUGGCCCCACAGGACAUGGUUUCCCAGCUGCUCCAGCGUUUGGAGGGAUCUGUGAAUCUCGAGGAGGCAGCAAAUCCCAGUGUCCUGCUGGCCAUGAACCUGGCUGGGGGGGACAGUGACGGUCCCAUCCACAAGUGGCUGCUCCAAGAGCUCAAGGAGGAGGCAGUGAGAAGAGCCCAGAAAGACAUGACCUCGGGACAGGUGGCUCUGCACGUCCUUGCACUCCUCUCCUCCUGCCAGGAUCCGCAGCGUGUCCAUGCCCUGGAGCAGACCCUCAACCUGAUCCAUGUUCUGCAGCAGAAAACAGAUGAGGAGAUGGCUGAACUGGAGUCCGAGGGGAUUCCCAAAACUACCCUGUACAGCGUGGGCCUGGACGCCCUGGCCCUGUGCCUGGCUGAUGCGGGUGGUGCUCAGGGGCCAUCGGUGGCCCUGGCCAAGCAGGUGCUGAGCCCUGAGAGCCACCUCUCCGUGGACACCCGGGCCAUGGUGGCACUGGCGCUGGCCUGUGUCUACAACUAUGUGGAGCUCCAGGAUGUGCGGGAUCUGCUCCAGGAGGCACUUUGGACAGUGAGCAACAGCUUCCUGGAUGAGCAGGAGAAAGGGAAUGGCAUGAUCGGAAAUAUCUACAGCAUGGGGCUGGCCCUGCAGGCACUGGAGGCCACAAGGAAGUUUUACGCCCCACGGAAAUGGGACUGUGCCCAGGCCUUCUCCGUGGUGUCCGCCCAUGACUACCAGCAGCCCAUGGCCAUCGCCCAGGUGCUGCCAGCCCUGGUGGGCAAGUCCUACCUGGAUGUGGCUGGCCUGGACUGCGCUGACACCCAGGAUACGUCCCCAAGCCAACAGUUGUCCCUGUCUCCAAUGCUGGGGACACACGGUGUUCCCAGAGCUCCCAUCCAGGUGACUUACUCCAUCACCAACGAGCUCCAGGGAAAACACUUCCACUACUCAACCACAGUGACAGUCCCAAGUGGCUCCACUCUUCUCAAGGUGAUGGAGGUGGCAGCAGAGGAGAACCCCCAAAUAUUUAGCUUCCAGACAGAACAGACAUCCUGGGGUCCCUAUGUGACCUCCAUCCAUGGGCUGGCUGGCAGCACGGAUGACAGGACCUACUGGCAAUUCCUCAGUGCUGGGGACGCCCUCGAUGAAGGGGUCGGAACCUACAAACCACAUGACGGGGAGCACAUCCAGGCUGUCUUCAGCACCUACUGA